ACAUCCCUUACUCGUUAAAAAAAACCCAUAGCCAACCAUAACCUUAAUCAGUAAGCCACGUUUGUUUACAUCUUGUCAAUGGAAUUAUCUUAUUUUCUCUUCAGUGUGUUAAUGCUGAUAGUCAGCAUAUGACCUUAAAUCACAAAAAUUUUAAACAUUAUUACAAGAACUGUUCGCUUUAUUUCUAUUUGACACGAUGAUACUGUAUGCUUUAAUCGUCAGAACUAAAGAUGGAAUGGCCCUUUCUGCUACCACUGACUUUAAUGAUGAAGUUAACAGAUCCAUUAAAGAAAGCAAGAGAUAUGUAAAAUUGCUGGCGAAGAAGUCUUCUCACCUCCCAGACAGAUGUACUUUAUAUCUCAGUCUUCAUUCUGUACAUUUUAUAACAGCAUUAGGUGUAACAUAUCUGGCUCUUUGUGAUUCUUCAUAUCCAACUGUACUGGCAUUUAGCUUUCUUAGUGAACUUAUGAGAGACUUCAUAACAAAAUAUGAAACUGUACGAAUCAAUAUGGCUCGUCGCCCAUACUCCUUCAUCGAGUUUGACAACUUCAUCCACAAGACCAGACAGAGAUACAACAAACCUCAGAGCCUGACCACAAGAGUGAAUCUGGCUGAACUUAGUGAAGAAAUGAAGCUUAGAGCUCCUCAUUUGCUCAAUAUCUCAGAUAUUGAACCAGUAAGGAACGGAUAUCACAACUUUAACAUUCCUCAGGUGGCUGUUGGUCCUCCUCCCAGACUAGAGCCUCUUUCGUGGUAUUCCAUGACUUCCAUUUUCCAAGCGUGUGUCCUGUCUGCUCUUGGACUAUACAGGAGUCUGAAAGCGUUGUCAGAAUCUUCAUUGGAGGAAUAUGAUGGACCAAGUCCUUCCCAUGGAUUUAUAUUUCUGUUGGAAAGUUGUUUGAGAAUAUUUCAGGUGAUGUUACUGUUACAACAGAUACGGUACCGGGUAGCUCUCAGCUGGUUCUGUCUGGUUCUACUGAGUAUAUGUGCAUGGCUUGUCUGGGAUCUCAGAGACAAAUGGCAGUGUUCUCUGUUUGUUACAAGUGCUGUAGCAUCUCACAUCGCUGUAAUUCUUCGAAGGAUACGUUUAAAAUUACCUGAUUAUAAUGUUUGACAUAGAUUUCUGUUAAAAAGAACUUUAAGCACCAAAGUCACCUAGUAGAUAUGUAAGUCAGUUUUUGUUAGGUUGUUUUGGUCUUUUUGAUAUAUUGGUACGUUUCUAUCAGUAUGUUAACCCCUUUAACGGUUUAUUAAAAAUAACAAAAAUGAUACUUUUUGCUGAUUUUUUACAGACUUUUUUUAUAGAUACAAUAUUAAGUAAUUUAGUAAUAAAAAUUAUUCAAUUAACUUUUUAUUUCAUAAAGCUAUUUUUGCUUUAACAUUUUUUAUUAAUAAUAUUAUUAAACUUUUUAAAAUAAAUUAUUUGUUAAAGCAGUAAAUUUUGUAAUGUUUAAUUUGUAUUCCAAUAACAUUUUCCAGAUUUUUACAAUUAUUCAGCCAUGCCUACUUUUACUUUUUCUCGACUGAUCAGCAUAAGCAUUUCAAGAGUAAGUUUAAAAUUGAGGCUUCUUGUUUUACUGUAUUUAUUUUACAAAUAACUGAAAAACUAAACAAGUAGAAAGCCUCAGGAUAAUUAAUAGUUUCUUAUAACUUAUUUUUGUAAAAGUAAAUCACACACAAGGUUAAGGAGCUAUAUGAGGUUUAUCAUCACAAACCUGCACCAAUAAUUGAUUCAUGUCUGAUACACCCAUUGCACAAUAAACCUUUACAAUAAAUCCGUUGACACAAUAGUUGAACACUGUCUGCAUCAUACGAACAUAGCUGAAGUCUAGUAAACAAUGAUAGAACUAAGAUUUCACAGAGGAACACAAUGAGGUGCUGAAGCGUGAAAUGCCAUAAUUAAUUAUGUGAAUGGUGGUUGCUAUUUGCGGGACAACUUCUUACGUGAUAUAACAACGUAUAAGAUAAUAAAACAGGACAAAUGUGUUGAAGUGUUAUAUUUCAUGAGAAACCGUUAAGGGGUUAAAUUAUUUUUUGUGUAUUUUUAUGAGACAUCUUUUAUCAAUAUUAGUUCCUUUUACAUUGUACAUUUUUAUUCAAAAGAUCUUGAUGAUAUUUUUAUCUCAGUAUACAUAAAAUAGUAAUAUACUUUUGGAUUUUCCAGUAACAUAAAAUUGUAAUUUUAAACAUUAACGUAUUGUACAUUACUGAAAUAAUUAAUUGAAAUGAGGGAUGUAAAUACACUAUAAAAUGUACUAAAUAAUAGAAAUGAUGAUGGAUUCUUUAAUCCCUUGGACAUUUUCAGAAUUAGAGCAACAGAACAAAAUUAGAGUUGUGUAACAAAAUUAAGCAUUGUUGUUACACAACUGUUACUUCACUAUAUGGUAGCAUUGUACAAAUAAUGAGAACUAACAAAUCUAAUAUAAUCUAGUAGCACAAAGUUGUUCAUUCUGUUGGUCCACAUACUUUCCAGAUUUAUGUUGUAUUACAUCUACUAGUAUUUUAGUACUGUAUAUAGUGUUAUAAAUUAAGCAAUGAAUGAAAUUUCUUCAAAAAAUAUAAAUUAUACUGAUAAUAGCUAUUAAGAAUAUUGUUGCUAUUAAGUUAAUUUAUUACUUUGAAAGCAAUCAUUACU